AUGAAAGAUAAUAAUAAUAUCGCUUUGUUUAUUGGGUUGUUAUUAGAAGAAAACCAUAACAGGAACUUUAUGAGAAUUGAAAGGAGAAGGUUGCGUGAUCAAAAGAAUCCUUUCGAAAUGCCGGAUGCUCAGUUUAUAAAAAUGUUUAGACUGAAGAAGCAGUGCACCAUAAACUUAAUAAAUGCUUUACAGCAAUUUUUACCCACAAAAAAUGCAAAUGCUAUUGCAUUACCCAAAAAAGUGUUGAUUACUCUCAACUUUUUGGCCACAGGGUCUUUCCAGAAUUCUGUAGGUUCCAAUACCUGGUUAUCAGCAAGUCAACCUUCAUUUCCUACUACCGAGGAGUCAAUUAGACUGGUCAAACAGGGAUUCUUCUUAAAAUAUGGGUUCAGAGGUGUUUUAGGAGCAGUAGAUGGAACUCAUGUGGAAAUUCUUGCACCUCCUGAAAAUGACAUUAAUCACCCCCCAUACGUUUAUAUUAACCGGAAAGGAAAACAUUCCAUCAAUGUUAUGCUGAUUUCAGAUGUUGAUUGCAGAAUAUUAGCCGUUAAUGCCCGUUUUCCUGGCUCUGUCCAUGAUUCUGCUGUUUGGCAAAUGAGCUCAAUAAGGAACCACUUACAGCUACAGCAUGAAGCAGGUCAUACAAAUAUGCUUUUAAUUGGUGAUAGUGGCUACCCUCUUGAGCCAUGGCUCUUUACUCCGAUUGCUAUUCCAAGAAACAGUCAGGAGGAAAUUUUCAAUAGAAAGUUGAGUUCCCUACGGAACACUAUUGAGAGAACAAACGGAAUUUUAAAAGGAAGAUUUAGAUGCAUUUCCAGAUUAAGAACUGUAAUGUAUCAUCCAACUCAGGCUGCAAAAAUUAUAUACUCAUGUUGUGUUUUACACAACAUUUGUAAAGCAGCCAAUAUGAUAGAUGAGGAUAUUGAAAUGAGAGAUGAGAAUGAUGAUCUUGUUGGUGGUGGCAAUGUUGAUGUUAUCAUACACCAGAGGGGGAUCGAAGCCAGAAACCAUUACAUAAGGAAUAUGUAA